GCUGCGCGCCCUCGUUUUCUUCCAGCCAGCCGCAAAAUCCAGUGCUGCCCUUCCGCCCGAUCCACCCCAGCCUGUCCAUCCGCAAGCCGCUGCAUCUUUGCCCACCAUGGCCUUCCGCUUCACCCAGACCCUCGCCAAGAACCCCCGAGUCUACUUUGAUGUCUCUGCCGGCACCAACAAGCUCGGCCGCGUUGUGAUGGAGCUUCGCGCCGACGUCGUCCCCAAGACCGCUGAGAACUUCCGUGCUCUUUGCACUGGAGAGAAGGGCUUUGGAUACGCCGGCUCGUCAUUCCAUCGAGUCAUUCCCGGAUUCAUGUGCCAAGGAGGCGACUUUACCAACCACAACGGCACUGGUGGCAAAUCAAUCUACGGUGCUCGCUUCAACGACGAGAACUUCCAGCUCAAGCACACUGGCGCUGGCAUUCUCUCCAUGGCCAACGCCGGCCCCAACACCAACGGCUCGCAGUUCUUCAUCUGCACCGCCGAGACCACCUGGCUGAACGGCCGCCACGUCGUCUUUGGCUCUGUCGUCGAGGGUCUGGAUGUUGUCAAGAAGAUCGAGUCCUACGGCUCGUCCUCUGGCUCCACCAAGGCCAAGAUCGUCAUUGACGCUGCUGGUGAGCUGUAAUCCAGAUACGGUGCCAUAUGCAUAAACCCGAGCAGCGCACUGGAAAGGCAGCUCCCUCGGCAGUGUUGAACUGGAAGGCGUCAAUGAAUCUGCCCGUGCCAACAAUGGCGUUUGAAGCGUUCGAACACAGAGAAACGUAUUAUUCGGUGGCGUUUUCGAGAGCAUAAAUAUACUCAUGUUUAUCGCAUGAGAAUAGAAUUGUGC